GUGGUUGAGAUGGUUAGGUGGAUAGUGGUAUCCCCAACCCACCAGGGUUCAAAUCCUGGUGUUCGCAUUAUUCCUGGAUUUAUUUUAGGAUUUCCGGCGAUGCACUUUCAGUGGGAGGAGACGUUCCCGUCGACGACAAGGCGCCUAUGAUGGCUUUCGUAAAUCUCGGGGUAGGGUGUACGUGUGUGUUUCAUAGAGAUGAGUGUAUGCGCGUAUAUAUGAGCGCUUGUGUCUGUACUGAUGCUCAAAAAAAAUGUAUCGGUAUGCAUCAAGGGAUCAACCACAUUAAUUGAUACUUUUAGAUACAAAGCAAUAAUUUAUUAGAUAGAUAUAUGGUGUAUAUGACAUGCAUUUAGUUAUCUCCGUCUGUGUAUUCGACCAUGUCCCAGCGCUUCUAUUUAAACGCCCCCGGUUCACGUGUCAGUGCCCCGACUGAUCUGAGUAUCUGACCGCUCUUAAGCUUCCAAACCUCACUGAUAGAUCCAAAGCCAGCACAGCGAAAACCAGCAGCCAUGAGGACCAGCAUCACCCUCGUCAUCGGGGUGGCCGCCAUCAUCUACGCGGUCGCCAUGCCCGCCACGGCGAUGCCCGGCGGGUGGGAACACAUCCGUAACAUCAACGACCCGAAGAUCCAGGGGCUCGGCAAUUGGGCGGUGGGGGAGCACGUGAAGCAGGCGGGCGGCCGGCUCAGGUUCAGCAAGGUGGUGCUGGGCACGGUGCAGGUGGUGUCAGGCUUCAACUACCGGCUCCUCGUCCAGGCGCUGAACGUCGCCGGCAAGAAGGACGCGUACAAGGUGGAGGUGUACGAGGCGGCGGCCAACAAAGGCCGCAAGCUCGUCUCCUUCACCCCGGUCGCCGAAGAGGCGUAGGCCUUUUGGUGCAUUUGUAAUUCUUGAUGGACAUCGCCACAGCUCACAAGCAAUAUUAAUGAGGCAUCAAAAAGUUACAGAUCCAA